CUGACACGCACGAUAUACAUAAGCAGCAAAACACACUCCCAGUCUGAAACGGGCAUGAGACUCUGGUGUGCGUGUGCAGUUUGAAAACAUGGCGAGAGAGAGCGCGCGAGAGCGAAAAAGCGAGAGAGCGAGAGCGACAGAGUGAGAGAUUGUACACAAAGGCGCUCUGUGUCAAGAGCAUCAGACCUUUAUGCCAUCAACGUUAAAAGUUCUGAAGGGAUCCUGUGUGACCAUCCCCUGCUCCUUUCAAAUACCAAAUAAUGAAAAUCCAGACUUAGAUGGCACAUGUAUAGCAAUAUGGUAUUACAGGAAGAAUGGCGCUUUUACAGAAGUGUUUCGUAGCAGUGAUCCACAAAACAGUGAAAUAAAGGGAAAUUUUACAGGUAACUUGUUGAAAAAAGACUGCACCACAACCCUGUAUAACCUGCAAUCUCAAAACAGCAGAGGUUAUAGGUUCAGACUGAACUGUGAUGUGCUGAGAUGGAAUUUUGACCAUCAAACAUCUGAAAUUUCAGUUGAAGAUAAUCCUCACAGACCCACUCUGACUCCGCCCACACUGAAGGUGAAAGAGGGAACCUCAGUGAGUCUGGAGUGCUCUGCUCCAGCUACCUGUCUGUUCCUUCCUCCAAACCUGACAUGGACCCCCGGUCUGGGUGAAGCUCAGGAGACGCUGCAGGAGAACCAGGACAAAACUAAAGUCAAGAUCUCAGUGCUGAACUUCACAGCAUCACACCUCCAUGAUGGACAGGAAAUCUCCUGUACUGCUGUCUACGGCAAACAAGAUGGCAGCACUGAGUCAUCUGUGAACACCAGUUUAACAGCUGAGAUUACAUAUUCACCCAAAGACACCACUGUGUCAGUCAGUCCCUCUGGUCCAGUACAAGAAGACAGCAAUGUGACUCUGACAUGCAGCAGCAGAGCCAACCCAGCUGUAAAGAACUACACCUGGUACAGAGCUGAUGAAGGCCAGGAGACUUUAGUGGGGACUGGACCUGUCUUACACUUUAAAGCUUCGAAAGACAGCGGUCCUUUUGUCUGCCAGGCUGAAAAUGAAGAGGGAGCAGGAUGUUCAAACAGCACACAGAUAGAUGUUCAGUAUUCACCCAAAGACACCACUGUGUCAGUCAGUCCCACUGGUCCAGUUCAAGAAGGCAGCAUUCUGACUCUGGCAUGCAGUAGUAGUGCAAACCCAGCUGUAAAGAACUACACCUGGUACAGAGCUCAUGGGGGGCAGGAGUCUUUUAUUGGAACUGGACGUGUUUUAAACAUGAAAGCCUCUAGAGACAGUCCCUCUUUUUUCUGCAAGGCUGAAAAUGAGAUGGGAUCUGGGCAAUCAAACAUUAGUCAAAUUGAAGUACAAUUUGCUCCGCAGAUCCUGUCCUCAUCUGACUGCACCAGAACUGUGAACCAGGUUAACUGUUCCUGUGAGGCUAUAGGGAAUCCUGCACCAUCUUUACAAUGGACUUUGGAUGGGUUACCCAUCAAUCACUCAGAUAAAUCUACAAUCAAAAAUGGACAUCUUAAUGGCAUAUGCGUGAGCUUCAUUACCAUGAGUCAAACACAAUGGAAGGAUCAGUUCACUUUGCUUUGUGGCAGCUCAAACUCUCUGGGAUCUGAUUCUCAGAGAUUUCUCUUCUAUAGUCUUGAAGCUGAAACAGCCGUGGAAAGUCAAGGGCAUGUAAUCUUGCCAGUCUUCAUUGCCACGAUUGUUGGACUACUAGUGCUAGUAUGUGCACUACUAGUGCUAGUGUGUAUUCUUCUCCGUGUAAUCAGGGCUCAGAAGAUUCCUCACAAUCUGCUUCAGGCCUCAGAUAACACCAGCACAGUGGCUGAAGACCAGCUUCCACCUAGUGGAGAAGGAAAUGAGGAGCCUAUCAAAGCAGAAGAGGCCAUUUACGCUAACUCCAACAUGCUGAAGAAGCCACAUGUCACUAAACCUUCAAACACCUCUGCAACAAACAGCACCAACCUACCAAGCUCUGCCAAAAACGGGAAAGAAGAUGCCGGUAAAAGCUCAGAAGAGAAAAACGAGAAAAGCAAAGAUCUGGUUUAUACAACCGUAACUUGGAGAGGCAAGGGACAGAAGGAAAUAAAAGACCCUGGGGACACAAAUCUGUCCGGUAGUUCCAAACAGCAAGAGGUGAAGUGCACAGAGGGGGGGAUAUGCAGAGAUUCUGUGAGCAACGCAGUGGAGAUGGGAAAUAUUUAUGACAACGUGGAGCCUGGGAGUAUUAGAAAGGAAACUCAAUGUGAAUAUGCCCAGGUCAAAUUUAAAGACAAAGGUGAUUUACAGAAAUAGUUAACUGGUGUAUUACUUUGCUGAAUCCAGAAAAGUGUUUUAAUGCCAUUUUCUGUUGUACAUACAAAUUCUACAUGUCUUCUUGUUUGUAAUUGGGGCUCAGAUUAUACGUUUUCAGCAUAGUCACAACUCAAAAUUAAGGCCCAUCGGCCCCAAACACCUGUAAUUUUUAUCUCGUGUAGUAUGUCAGAGUGAAUGACAAGAACAUGUCUGGGACACCUCACUACAACCCAACAUCAGUAACAUUUACAUAGCAGUCAUAAAUUUAAACAAACAAAAUGGCUAAGGAAAAAAAGGUGAUGAAGAUGGUGCUGUUAGAUGGCACUACUACUAUUUAUAUUAGCCCUACCAGUUUAUAGUGCACAGCCAACAUUUUAAACAAAAGUUGAGUCUUACUGACAGGACUUAAUGAAAAGUUCCAAGUCACUUCAUUAUCAACAAAAAUUAAGACAUUCCUGGAGAUGCUAAUGGCACAUGACAUAUAAGAUAAGGAUAUGUUUUAUUGUUGAGGGCUCAAAUUUUGGUUUAUUCUAAGACUAAGGUUAACUGCUGUGCAUUUUACUCUUCCUGGGUCUGCAAGAGCUGUAGUUUGUCUCUUAUAGGAUACUGUGCUUAAUGUGCUUAAUAAUAUACUGACAAAUAAACACUGCAGCACAGAGCUAAAGCCAACAUGUUUCUCAAUGCUUUUACUCUCAAAUCCCCUUGCAUCUAUAAACCAACUCUAAAAUACAAAUCUUUUUAUUAUAAACAUUAUAAGCACAUAAAGUUAUGACAAGAAAUUGACAAAAGUCUGUGUUACCAAGCUUUCUUAAGUGCUAUUGGAACACAGAAAAGGUCUUGGGUUCAAGUUUUUUAAGAUCAUGAAAAAAUCUUUGAAACACAGGAAUUUAGUUGUAAGUCUAUUGUUAUAAUAACUUUAACAUUGCUCACAUUUUACUUCCCAGGCUGUACACUGUAAAAAGCAACAUCCAUUUUACUCAUAAACAUUGAGUUGAAAUUACUCAGUUCUUCUUAACCUGUUCUAAAUACUUAUUAUAAACAAGUUAAUUGUACUU